AGGAGGAUGACAGAACGUUCAGAAUACCUUUAGCAUUUGAAGUGAACAGUUGUGGUAACAUUGUGUGGUGAAUUGUGGCUAAUUGUGUUAAUAGUAAUAGUAGUAAUAGUAGUAGUAGUAGUAGUAGUAGUAGUAGUAGUAGCACCACCACCACCACCACCACCACCACCACAUCUCUACCACACCAUGGCCGCUGUGGUAGGAUUUAGCAGAGUCAGGAGUCACGAGGGGCCUGGGCUAACCAUUCGCAUCCCCGCCACCUCCUGGAGCGCCGCCCCCCCUCUGCUCGCCCCCCGCAGCGCACGCACGCACGCACAGACCCCCCAGUGUGUGCAAGAGCAAAUCCCUCACCACCAGUAUGGACAAGUUAAUGCAGCAUCACACGGGGAGCGGGAGAAAGUCCGAAUCCCCAACAAUGACUUCGCGUGGCUCCACCCCUGCACGCCGCCUCACGCCCUCACGCCCAUUCCGCACUCCCCCCCGCACUCCAGACCCUGACGACCGAGCGGGCGCCACCUCACAGUCCCCGUCUGGCAGCGAGGUGUCUCUCCACUCCCUUAAGUCGUCUGCCUCGAGUGUGUCUGCUAAAUCUAAUACAUCCGGAGCCUCCAACGCUUCAAACGGCUCGGGAGACUCAAACACCUCCUGUAAGUCCGGUAAAUCAAGCGUCUCUGUGGAAGGUAAGUCCGGAUGUGGAGAAAAUCGGCGUCUUCAGUCCGUUCCAAGGAUUCAGAACGGUCGGAGCGGUCAGCAAGGUCGCCCAGUCAGCGGCAGGUGGCGGCGAGUGGUGGGCGGCGUGGUGCGAGAGCUGCGUCUACUGGUGCCUCUUCUGCUACGUCCAGGGCUGCCUCCAGGGGUGCCUCCAGUCCAGCUAGUGCCAGUGUGAGUGCCAAGGGAAGCCGCGUGCACUCCCCAACCACGCCUCCAGCUAGGAUGAAUCGUGCCUCCUCUGUUGCUUCCUCCUCGAUAGCCUCGCUGGUCGCCACGCACAGACGCCGCAGUCACGAUGCUACUGUCAACGGAAUGGCAAACGGUGAAGGUGGCGGCAGCUCCUCCUCGUCCUCCUCCAGGCGCACGACCCCACCGCCCCGCUCCGGCCCUGCCACCCCCUCAGGCACCCCCACCAGGCACACCCCCAUGGCCCACCCCUCCAGGAAACCCCUCCCUGUAUUUAAUUCCUAUAUGAGUCUCUUUCAAGUACAGGAGAAGCUGAAGAAGGGAGAGGUGAUUGAGGGUGUGCUGCGGAUUAACCCGAAGAACUACGAAGAUGCUUAUAUCAGCGCGCCGGACGGGGGGACGGACAUCUAUAUUGGAGGGGUACCUGAUCGCAACGCAGCGCUGCACGGGGAUGUGGUGGCGGUGGAGCUGUGCCCAUCGCAGCAGUGGAAGGUGCUGUAUGACGUUUUAGAUGAGUACCUCGAGAACAACCCUUCACAGCUACCACUGCUACAACUACAACACACUAACACAAACACAAACACAACAAACACACCCGCUUCAGCUGUUACUAUUAUCGCUGCUACUACCACUACUACUACUACCACUGCUACUACUACUAUUACUACUACUGCUGCUGCUUCUAGACCCGCUGCCAAGGGUACCAAGCUCACCACUGCUGAAAAAUUGUGCAGCUCUGUGAGUUGUAAGGGUAGAUUAAGUAGUGCCACUGUCCACACACUCAGUGCCGCCCAGGGGGAGGCACUGCUGCAGGGGGACAGUGAUGUGCUGGUGGAGGGGGAGGAGGAGGAGGAGGAGAAGUCGAAGGCUAGUAAACGGCGGAAGAAGAGAGGAGGAAGAGGGAAGAAGAAGGGGAAGAAGAAGGAUGAGGUGGAGGAGCUGACCACACACCUCCCUGCCAUGUCCCUGGCCACCCCCGACCACCUGGUGCUGCUGCCCAGCCCUCACUGCACCCCCCCCUCCCGCCUGGCUGUGGAGAGGAAGGGGGAGGAGCAGGAGGAGGAGGAGGAUGAGGAUGGGGGUGGGGGGUCAGACAGUGGCGUGGGGAGGGCAGUGCCGCCAGACAUGCUGAGUGAAUGUGAGUCCAGUGACAAUGAGAGUGGCACCAGUGAGGUCCUGGACUAUGAGCAGUGCCGUGAGGACCAGGCAUUCUUCCAGGCACAGUGGCAGGCCUACUACGACUCCCAGGGCACCCAGGCACCCCCAGGGGACAGUGCCACAGCGGGGCCGGCCCAGGGGAGCAGCAGUGCCACAGAGAAGGGAGCGACGGAAGGUGACAAGGCUGGCACUGCUGAUAAGUGUACAGUGAGUGUGUCUGGUGGCAGUGUGGGUGAGGUGAAUGCCACAGUGCCACAGGGGAAGGCUGCAGGCGACACAGAGGCCCAGCGCGGCGCAUCGGCAGCCCGGCGACUGGCACGCAGGAAAAACAAGUCAGGGAGGAAGGAGGUGAAGGACACAGCACCUGGCGAGACCACCACAGCAGCCACACCACCACAACACCACAGCAGCAACCAGACGCCAAACAGAGGCCGGGGGGGACACACCAGGCAGGGCAGCGGCACCCCACAGCACCGGCGCGGCCCACAGCCCCACAGCACACCUAAGAAACCGACACAGCGCACAGAGCCCACCGUGGCGCAGGUCUCCAAUCUGGACAACUGGGAGCGGUUUGUGCAGCGGACCGGGCGUGUGGUGUACAUCAGCGAGCGCAAACACCCGCGCCACGCUGCCGGCACACUCAGGCCCUUCCCAGACCGCAACCCCACCCACGCCCUCUUCGCCCCCACAGACCACAGGGUGCCGCGCAUGAAGGUGCCUUACUCACAGCUGCCCACAGACUUCCUGCAGCGACACAGCGAGAUGUACCAGCACAAGAUAUUUCUGUGUCGCAUUGUGCUGUGGGCCGAGCCAAAGUAUGCCAUGGGGGAGGUGGUGCGUGAGGUGGGCAAUGUGGGUGACAUAAAGGCUGAGACAGAGGCUCUCCUGCUGGAACAUGGGGUGGAGACAGACGACUUCCCUGCUGAGGCCUUGAAGGAUCUGCCCAUCCUGCCCUGGACCAUCCCGGAGGAGGAGCUAGCCAUCCGAACUGACCUCCGUGAGCAGUGCAUCUUCACCAUUGACCCCGAGACAGCCCGUGACCUGGAUGAUGCCCUCUCCUGCACUGAGCUGCCCGGCGGUGACCUGCGUGUGGGUGUGCAUAUUGCUGAUGUCACUUACUUUGUGCGUGAGGGAAGUGGCUUGGAUUCUGUGGCUGCCAGACGUGCUACUUCUGUCUAUAUGCCGGAUAGGGUGGUGCCCAUGCUGCCGCGGCCGCUGUGUGAGGGUCUGUGUUCGCUGUUGCCCGGCACAGAUCGCCUGGCAGUGUCUGUGGUGUGGCAGGUGUCGCCGGCGGGGCAGGUGACCAGCGAGUGGUUUGGCCGGACCGUGAUCCGCUCCUGUGCCAAGCUGAACUACGAGCAGGCCCAGCAGGUCAUCGACAGCGGCGGUGGCAGCGUGGAGGGCCUGCCGGCGGUGGAAGAGCCACACAGUGCGGCGGUGGUGGCGGGGGUGGUGUGGCGGCUGCACAGCCUGGCCCAGAUACUGCGCCGUAAAAGGUUUGAUGGUGGCGCGCUGCACCUGUACCAGCCCAAGCUGUGCUUCACCAUGGACUGGUCCACCGGCCAGACCCUGGACCUAGCCCAGCCCCAAGGCCCUGACCACAGCCACCACCUGGUGGAGGAGCUCAUGCUGCUGGCCAACAUGGCUGCCGCUCAGCGCACCCACCAGGCCUUCCCCGCCCAGUGUGUGCUGCGCCGCCAUCCCCCACCCCUGCCGGGCCCCAUGGAGGCCGCUCUGCGCUCCCUGGCGGCGGCCGGCGUGGUGCUGGACGGCUCCAGCGCGGGGGCCUUGCAGGCCAGCCUAGCUGGGCAGCGCGGCGCGGUGGCACUGGCGGUGGCGGCGCUGUGCAGCAAGCCCAUGCAGUUUGCGCGUUACUUUGCGCCGGGCAGUGAGGGCAGUGUGACCCCGGCCGGCGCAGCGCACCACUACGCCCUCAAUGUGGCGCUGUACACACACUUCACCUCACCAAUCCGCCGCUACGCUGACGUGAUGGUGCACCGCCUGCUGGCCGCCACGCUAGACCCACCGGCCGCCGUCCCGCGCCUGGCCGCCGCCCGCCUGGGCCGCACCUGUGAGCACUGCAACGAUCGGAAGCGUGCGGCCAAGACGGUGCAGGAGGCCAGCGGGGAGCUGCACCUGGGCCAGCUGGUGCGGCGGGUGGGAGAGCUGCCCCAGCCCGCCGCGGUGGUGCAGGUGCUGGACCGCUCCUUUGACGCUGUGCUGCUGCGCCUCGGCCUGGUGCGGCGUGUCUACACCGACCCCCUGCCCCUCACCACCAUGGCCUUCACCAAGCAGGACGGCCAGGGCACCCUCACCCUGCACUGGCGGCCUGAGGGGGGGCGGCCGGCCACCACCCAGCGCAUCACCCUGCUGUCCACCGUGGAGGUCGUGCUGCGCCCCGCUGACAACACCACUCUCAAGUUCAACACCGUCCUCCUCAGGCCUGAGUAGUCACCACAUGCACCACCUCCACCACCACCACCACUACCACCUCUACCUCCACCUCCAUCACUACCACCAUCUCCUCCAGAUCUGUUCCACACCACCACACCACACUUCCUCCCACACCCCUCCACUGUCCACCACCACCACCACCUCCCUGGCUGGUGUGAGUGGCUGAUGUGACGCUGGCUUUGUUAAGGAACGUUUCAGGUUUUGUAAGACAUGCUAAUUGUUUUUUUUUUUUUUUUUUUUUGUGGUUUUGUGAGUUUUUAGUCAUUCCUCCUCUUCCUUCCUUCUUCCUUCUUUCAUCUUUCGUCUUCCUUUUUCCUACCCAUCCUCCUCCUUUCCUCUUCCUCCUCCUCCUCCUCCUCCUCCUCCAGUGUAUUUGCAUGGCAGCGCUCACCCAUCUAACACACACACACACACACACACACACACACACACACACACACACACACGUACUCAUCUACGUCACAAUCAUGGUGAGGAGAAUGGCAAACACUUCUCAUAGUAAUAUAUAGAUCAAUGUAAUGGUAAUAAUGAUAAUAAUGAUGAUAAUAGUCAAGAUGAUAAUGGUGAUGAUACUAUUGCUGCUACUACGUGUAUUAUUGCUGUUGGUGAUUAUGACACACACACACACACACACACACACACACAGCAGUCUUGUAUUAAUAGCUAUGUAUAUAAUGACUAUAGUUCGUUCAUCUAAAUAAUCCAGGCCGAAAUUGCUAGUUCAGUUGGCAGCCCUGAUCACCCCCGCCGCUACUGAGCCUUCCGGACAUUUAAAUUUUCUUCAAGUACAGUUAUUUUUCUUCAAGCUAUAAACUUGUAUAUCUAUUGAGUUUAGUGAAGGAAAAUAAAUGUGCUUGAAAAUUUAAGUGCCGGGAAGGUUUAGUGGCGCGGGGGUGAUCAGGGCUGCCAACCGAACUAGCAGUUUCGGCCUGGAUUUGUUAGAUGAAUGGACUUAAUAAUAAUGAUAAUAAUAAUAAUGAUAAUGAUAAUAAAGGAGAAAAAACAAAGACAUUUUUUUAAACUAUUGAUAAAAAUAUACAUGAAAAAAAAUAUAUUCGGUUGUAGAUACGUUAUUUUAUCGUGAUUGUUUGUUCGUUUGUUUGUUUGGUUUAUCUCGUUUUUAUUCUUUCACUAACCAAACUAAAAAAGAUUUAUUAACAUUUUACUAACUUUUUUUUGCUUCUAUUUUGUUUGUUUGUAAUGAUAAUGAUGAUGAUGGCUUGUGAUUAUUAUUAUUAUUUUUUUAUUAUUUUAAUUCUCUCUCUCUCUCUCUCUCUCUCUCUCUCUCUCUCUCUCUCUCUCUCUCUCUCUCUCUCUCCUUCCUUCCUUCCUUCCUUUAUUUCUUCAUUUCUUUAUUUUUUUUUAUUUUUCCCUUUCUUCAACACACACACACACACACACACACACACACACACACACACACACACAAUUCUCAUAUAUAUAACCCAUUCACCUUCCUUACUAUCGCAAAAUAAAAAACUUAACCCUUUUUAAACCUCACCUAACCUAUCUGAACUUUCCUCUGAAUAAAAAAAAACAACUUCUAAAUAACCCCAACUAUGAGGUUUUUCUUCCUCCUCCUCCUCCUCCUCCUCCUCCUCUUCCUCUUCCUGUUCCUCCUCCUCCUCUUCAGUAUAUUCUCCCUCAAAUGAUGUGAUAUUGACUAACCCUCCUGAUAGUGAACUUUUUUAUAUCUAUAUAUACAUAUUAUAUAUAUUACUAUUAAAACAUAGCCCAGAUAAUA